AUGGACCUGAUGUCUCAUUCAGUUAUUCUUCUUUUCCAGCUGCUGGAGGACAACAUUGUCUCUUUUGUGAAGAAGGAGCUUACGAAGAUCCAGAAGGUUCUGAGCCCAGAUUACCCAGAAUGCUUUGAGAGUCAGAGGGAGGAUGAGGAGGAUUUGGAGGUUGAGGAUGAAGAGCAGAGGAAGAGGAGCAGAGAGGCUUUGAUGAAGAUCACAGUUUACUUCCUGAGGAGGAUGAAGCAGGAGGAGCUGGCUGAGCGUCUGCUGAGGAGACAAGCUGCAGUUUGUAAACUUAAAUGUCGUCUGAAGCAGAGGUCCCAGUGUGUGUUUGAGGGCAUCUCUAAAGCAGGAAACCCAACCUUACUGAAUCAGAUCUACACAGAGCUCUACAUCACAGAGGGAGGAACUACAGAGCUCAAUGAUCAACAUGAGGUCAGACAGAUUGAAACAGCAUCCAGGAAACAACACAGACCGGAAACAACCAUCAGACAAGAAGACAUCUUUAAACUCRCACCUGGAAGACAUCAACCAAUCAGAACAGUCCUGACAAAGGGAGUGGCUGGAAUUGGGAAAACAAUCUUAACACAGAAGUUCACUCUGGACUGGGCUGAAGACAGAACCAACCAGGACAUCCACUUCCUGUUUCCAUUCACCUUCAGACAGCUGAAUGUGUUGAAAGAGACAAAGUUCAGUUUGGUGGAACUUCUUCAUCACUUCUUCUCUGAAACCAAAGAAAUGUGCAGCUUUGAAGACUUCCAGCUGCUCUUCAUCUUUGAUGGUCUGGAUGAGAGUCGACUUCCUCUGGACCUCCACAGAAACCAGGUCUUGACCGAUGUCACGGAGUCCACCUCUGUGGAUGUUCUGCUGACAAACCUCAUCAGGGGGAACCUGCUUCCCUCUGCUCGCCUUUGGAUAACCACAAGACCUGCAGCAGCCAAUCAGAUCCCUGCUGACUGUGUCCACAUGGUGACAGAGGUCAGAGGCUUCACUGACCCACAGAAGGUGGAGUACUUCAGAAAGAAAUUCAGCGACGAAGAGAAGGCCAGCAGAAUCAUCUCCCACAUCGAGACCUCACGAAGCCUCCACAUCAUGUGCCACAUCCCAGUCUUCUGCUGGAUCACUGCUACAGUUCUGGACCAUGUMUUGAAGAGCAGAGAGGGAGGAGAGCUGCCCAACACCCUGACUGAGAUGUACAUCCACUUCCUGCUGGUUCACACCAAAGUCAAGAAGGUCAAGUAUGAUGGAGGAGCUGAGAAUGAUCCAGACUGGAGUCCAGAGAGCAGGAAGAUGAUUGAGUCUCUGGGAAAACUGGCUUUUGAUCAGCUGCAGAAAGGAAACCUGAUCUUCUAUGAAUCAGACCUGACAGAGUGUGGCAUCGAUAUGACAGCAGCCUCAGUGUACUCAGGAGUGUUCACCCAGAUCUUUAAAGAAGAGAGAGGACUGUACCAGAACCAGGUGUUCUGCUUCGUCCAUCUGAGUGUUCAGGAGUUUCUGGCUGCUCUUCAUGUCCAACUGACCUUCAUCAAACAUGGACUCAACCUGAUGGGACAAGAUGAAUCAUCUAAGAAUCCUGGAAUACGUGAUCUAAGUUUUCUUCAUCAGUGGGCUGUGAACCAGGCCUUAGAUUGUCCAAAUGGACACCUGGACUUGUUCCUCCGGUUCCUCCUAGGUCUUUCCUUGCAGACCAAUCAGACUGUCCUACGAGGCCUGCUGACACAGACAGGAAGUAUCUCACAGACCAAUCAGAAAACAGUCAAGUACAUCAAGAUGAAGAUCAAUGAGAAUCAGUCUGCAGAGAAAAGCAUCAAUCUGUUCCACUGUCUGAAUGAACUGAAUGAUGCUUCUCUAGUGGAGGACAUCCAACAGUCUCUGAGGUCAGGAAGUCUCUCCACUGAUAAACUGUCUCCUGCUCAUUGGUCAGCACUGGCCUUCAUCUUAAUGUCAUCAGAAAAAGUUCUGGAUCAUUUUGACCCAAAGGACUAUUCUACUGACCAGAGUGUUAUUGAGAGGCUGCUGCCAGUGGUCAAAGUCUCCCUACAUUCUGA